AUGUCAGUGAAUCAGAGAAGGGCAGAGAUUGAGGCGAAGCGUGCUAAGCUCGCCGAGCUUCGCAAGGCGCGGCAGGACCGACAAGCGGAGAGGCGAAUUUCUGAUACAGCAAAUAUUCCUUCUGCUGCACGCAGGGACGUCGACCAACUUGUGAACCAACUCGUUGGCGAUGGCUCGUCUUCGUUCCGCACACCAGACAUGACCCCUUCUCCCUCCGUGCCCGGCACACCGUCCUUGGGGCAUGCAAUCAAUCUCCCUGGCCCUUCGGGCCUAAAUCCAUCUGGAAGAGUCAGUCGUCAGAGCGAUGCUGCCUCUGACCUGCUGAGCAUGGGUACCACAUUGAUGAACUCCGGGACUGACAAUAUACUUGACCGGACCAUGACGCCGCGUUUGAUUCCGGACUUGAUCGACGUAGAGCAGGAAUUGUUUGAAUUACCCCAACGGGAGCGUGUUACGUAUAACAAAGAGAUCCAGACAACUUAUUUUGAGGAACCUGCACAGCGACCUGACGAGGAAGAGAUCCGGGAGCGAAUCUUUCACGAGCGUGACUUAUUAGACGCUGAACGAGCAAGGGAGAAGGAGCUCGAAGAGGAGAGCGUUCAGCUUGACAAUGAGAUUGAGAAAGCGCUUCGGGAGCUGACUGAGGAGGAAAGGACGAGCAUCUUCACCGCACCUGAGUUUUUGGAUUUCGUUGAGCAGUCAUCUAAGAUUGUGCAACGAGCUCUGAACGAUAAUUAUGACUAUAUUCGCGACUAUACCUCAGGCGCAGAGACAGGAGCGGACGACUCCGAAGGGAAGCGUGUCAAGCAAGUAUGCGCUUUCUGGGACGAGCAACAGUGCAAGAACAGAUCCAUAACGGAUGUGGACUGGUCUCCAAAGUUCCCCGAGCUUAGCGUGGCAUCAUACAACAAAAACCCUGCUGCGCUGAACGAACCAGACGGUAUCGUCGCUUCCGAUGUCCUCUCCGUGACGUUCUCACCGUUCCAUUCAAACCUUGUCUUUGGCGGGACUUACUCGGGCCAGAUAUUACUGUGGGACACACGAUCGAAACAUCUGCCGGUUCUGAAGACGCCGCUGUCCGCAGCCGGACAUACACAUCCGGUGUAUGCGAUGCAGAUGGUUGGAACACAGAAUGCGCACAACUUGAUUACCAGCAGCACAGAUGGCAUGGUAUGUAGCUGGCUGGUGGACAUGCUAGCGCAGCCACAGGAAACACUUGAGCUCGUUCAUGCAGGCCACAAUAAAACCAAUGAGGUAUCGAUCACGACGCUGGACUUCCCAGACAAUGAGACGACAACCUUUUGGGUAGGCACGGAGGAAGGCAACAUCUACCAGGCGAACCGUUAUGACCGCGCGGGCGCAAAGGCGGGGCUUAAUCAGUAUGACGUUUACCGUGGCCAUUCAGGUCCCGUCAUGGGACUGCACUUUCAUCCCACCAUCGGGCCUGUGGAUUUCUCCGACCUGUUCCUGACCUGUUCUGUCGACUGGACCAUCAAGCUGUGGAGAGCCAGGUCGCUGGCGAAGACAUCGACGACGGCACAUAAUGUUGCGCCGAUCUACUCGUUUGAAGAGGCAGAUGACUACGUGUACGACGUGAAAUGGCAUCCUGCACACCCUGCACUGUUUGCGUCCGUCGAUGGAUCAGGCAAGUUCGACCUGUGGAACCUGAACAUCGACACGGAGGUUCCUGUCGUGUCUACGGCUGUGAGUCCAGGGCAUUCUAUUAACAAGCUGCAAUGGGACCGCAAAGACGGCCGGAGGGCCAUCAUGGGUGGCAGCGAUGGCAGGCUUUAUGUGUACGAUGUCGGGGAUUUGGCGAUUCCUCGGGAGGCAGAGUGGAAUGACAUGCAGAAGACGACAGCUGGUUUGAUCGGUGGGGGGCAGACGAAUGGUGCUUUGGACGGGGAUUCCUCUCGUCCCCUUACCGGUCGGUAA